AGUCCUUUGUUUCUCUUUCUGAUGCACUUGCCAAUAAAUUAAACAAAGAAAUUGAGCCUUUACUUUCAACAUUAUCGAGAUAUUCUUCUUCUUCUUCAGGGACUCACCAUUUUUCUUCUCCUUCAAUUCUUCACCAUGGAUCGUGUCAGCCAUAGGGGUUCACGGUUUCUUCUCGAUGCGUCUCCGCUGUUAGAGUUGGAGUUCCAACCUACCAUGGAUCCUGUCAUCAAUUGGGUUUCAAACUUUCUUCACAGUCUUCAGCAUUGCAUGGAUCCUGUCAUCAACUGGGUUUUAAACUUUCUUCACAGUCUUCAGCAUUGCAUGGAUCCUGUCAUCAACUGGCUCAUGUCCCUGAUAAGUUGCUUAGCGACAAAGAUUAAUCAAAUACUUGAAAAAUUCACUGGGCAUCAAUUUAACGUUAAGACUGACGCUUGUGAUGAAAUUUCAUUGGGUGGAGAAUGGUUGUUGUAUGUUGCUAUUGCUGUUGUUGUAGCACUGGCAGCUAUUCCUGUUGUCUGGUUGCUUUGGAAGGUGGUUUUUGGUGUUGUUUGGUUGCUUUGGAAGCUGAUUUCUGGUGUUGUUUUGUUGCUAUGGAACGUGAUUUCUAUUUUUGUAUUGGGUCUUUGGAACGUGAUAAGGAAGAUUUUCUGUUGUUGUUGUGAAAGAGGGAAGACAAUGAAGGCUCCAGGGAGGAAUAUUCGCAUUUAUAGAGAUGAUUUUGAACGUAGCCCUAAGAACUACUUCCGUAACUUGCGCAGAGACCAACGUAACUGGCGCAAUAAUCAACCUCAUACGAUUUUGGUUUGAAAUCUCAAACGUGUAAAUCCACGUCAAACUAGAAGCACCUUUCAGUUGCUUCUGGUGAAACUCAUGAAAAAAUGAACGUCGUGCUGUUUUAUUAUAUUAAAGCUUGUCUGUGUUUGUGUAUAUGGUGCAUGUUUGACGUGAUUUCGGUAGAUAUGGUUUGAACAAAUGGUUACAAAGAUUCUGUUAUUUGUGUUGCACUACAUGGAUGAGAUUGAAGUGUAGUUUAUAUGAAUGCAACAGUCCAUGUUAUUUGAUGAGA